CUUCAGCUCUCACUGUUGUGUCGGAGUCGGGAGGGUCGAGCUGCAUUCCGCAGAAAGCUGCCGUCCCCAUCACUCUCAAACUUUAGUCCGCCAAACUUUUUUUUGGGAUUGUUUUCAUUGUAUGAGAGGAGGACAGCGGCUGGAAAGUGUCCGAGGCAGCGAAUGGAGAAGCACAAAGUGCUGGACCAGCUCCUCAUGGAGCUCCACCGCUUCCUGCUCAUCUUGGACAAGGAGACCCUGAGUGGGAACGCCACCAUCCAGAAGGGCCUGCUGUCUGAUCUGCUGCGCUCCUACAAAGCCUCAAAUGGUGCUGAUGAGGAGUAUAUCUACAUGAACAAAGUCAUCGUUACCGGAAAGAGCAGAGAUGACAAAGAUGACAGAUCGGACGCCCUCGUGAAUGGAAAAGGAGCUAAAUAUGUCCCCGUCCCACAGAAGAGCCUUCCUGACCUGCCGCCUCCGAGAACAGGUGUGGUGGGCCGGGAGCCAUUCCCUUUGCCUGCAGUUCCACCUCUAGCCUGUUUAGACACUUCAGAGAGCUACUAUGAGGAGGCUCAGCCCUAUGAGGAAACUGUCAACGAUCUGGACUGUUUUGGCCUCCUCUCAGGGCCCUGGAUGCGAGAGCUCAGCUCUGACAGUGUGAUCUAUGCUGUUAUCACCAGGGAUGAUGGAGAGGCAGUCAGCAGUUCAUACGAGUCCUACGAUGAGGAGGAGGUGACCAGAGGGAAGUCUCCAUCAGCUCAGCACCAGUGGCCAUCAGCAGAAGCAUCUAUCGAGCUGAUGAAGGAUGCUCGUAUCUGUGCCUUCCUGUGGAGGAAGAAGUGGCUCGGCCAGUGGGCCAAACAGCUGUGCGUCAUCAAAGAACAUCGCCUGCUGUGCUACAAAAGCUCCAAGGAGCAGACGCCUCUGCUGGAUGUGAGUCUGCUGGGCUGCAGUGUGGUCUACAAAGAAAAGCAGCUGAAGAGAAAAGAGCACAAGCUGAAGAUCAUCCCAGUAGGAGGAGAGGCCAUUGUGCUGGGCCUGCAGAGCAAAGAACAGACUGAGCAGUGGCUGAAGGUUAUUCAAGAGAUCAGUCCCAAGCCAGCUGAAAACUGUGACUCCCAACACUCUGUGUCUGACUCCCCAAGGCUUAUUUGUACUAAGGGGGAGCUGAGUGAGAGAUACUCGGUGGCGUCAGAGAGCGGCAGCAGCACAGACAGCCAUGCUGAAACUCCAGAAAACAAAGAUGUGAAGAAAAAAUACGGAGCAGGUUUGAAGUUCAGCAACCUCAUGAACAUUGGCAAGAAAAAACCCUCCUCACUAGAGAGCCCAGAAAAAUGUGUCGACUUGUCAGGCUACCUCAACGUGCUGGUGAACAGUCAGUGGCGGACCUGCUGGUGUCUUAUAAAGAACGGUCAGCUGUGGUUUUACCAAGACAAGGGCAAGAACAAAGUGAGCCAACCAGCUGUGACCCUGGAGGGCUGCAGUGUUUUGCCCGACCCCAGCCCCGAGCACCUCUACUCCUUCAGGAUCGACAUGGACGGCACACAGCUGGCGACCUUAGAGGCUAAGACAUCAGCAGAUAUGGGUCACUGGCUGGGCCUCUUGCUGUCACAAACUGGGUCCAAAACUGACCCAGAGGAGCUGACGUACGACUACGUCAACUCUGAGAGGAUCUCCAGCAUCGUCAAUGCUGCAAAGACUUCCCUAUACUUGAUGCAGAGGAGGUAUUCAGAGCCAAACACCUACAUAGACACCACACCUUCCAUUUCUCACAACUCUGAUGAACUGUACGAUGAUGUGGCUUCUCUAGCUGAUCCAGACGACGCUGAAGAGAGCAGCCUGCCAAACUGUGAGGACAACAAUGUCCAGGAAGUUAAUGAAACAUGCUCUCAAGAUGCCAAGGAGCCAGUGGGAACAGAACAGGACAAUGACAACAGGAUUUACCUGGACCUUGUCCCUGUGCGCUCCUUCCUCCAUACGUCCUCUGGUGGUAAAGCCUCGCCUGCCAAAGAAACGUCCAGACAUUCUCCAGUUCCAGCAGAGGACCAGAAGGACUCCUCCUGUCCAAAUAAAGAGGUGAUUCCAACUAUCCAUUCUGAGCCAACACCUCCUUUAAAUGGGAUAAAUUCAGCAUCUGCCACCAGCAAACCAGCCCAAGAGCCUCCCCAGACUCCUACUCCAACACAAACUCAACCAGUCAAGACCUCACCACAAAGCCAGGAGACCCCUAAGAGGACCAGCCUUGGAAUCCCACAGGCCCUCAGCUCCCCUGGGGGGCAGAUCCACAAGACCUUGACAGCACAAAGUUCUGCUGCUGCCCGUCCUCACAGCCCACAACCCUUGCGACCCAAAGCACAUACUAUAGGGUGUCCCGGUGCAGUUGAGGUCAAACUGGGCAAAAACCGCACAGAGGCAGACAUGCGGCGCUACAUCGAUGAGCGUGAUCGCCUGGAGAAAGAGAGGGAGGAGGUGAGGAGCAGCCUGGCACACCUGAAGAAGGAGAGGAGGGAGACAAAAGAGGAGCUCAGUGCCUGCCAAGAUCCCAAGCAGCAGGCCUCUUUAGAGUCCCGUCUGAAGCAGAGGGAGGAGGCGUGUCGGGAGGCAGAGCGCCACAGGGUGGAAGUGGAGCUGCGAUUGGUAGAAGUGAAGGAAAAUCUGAAGAAAGCAGAGUCAGGGCCUUUCACACUGGGAACCACACUGGACAGCAGUCUCCAGGACACAUCCACGCCUAAACCAGCACCUGUGCCCACUCCCCAGGCUUCAUUACCUUCAUCAUCAUCCUCUUCAUCCCAACCCACGAACAGCAUCGUCAAUGCAGAUCCAGCUUCUCCAGUUAACUCUGCCUCUGCUCUUAAAAACAGACCCGUCUCCAUGAUGGCCACAAAAGGCAAAGUCUUGCAAAAAGCAAAGGAAUGGGAGAAGAAAUCCACCACCUAGAGGGAAGCUUCCUUUGACCUCUAAAAUCCAUACGUUUCUGUUGGUCUAAUUUCCCAUCUACCACAACACAUCCACAGACAUUUAAACCGACAUCCUCCCUUCCCUUCAUUGCCUCUUUGCCAAGACUAUUAAAUGCCAAACAGAAAGAGGCACAAACCGUCUUGAAUACCACUGGAUAAUCCUGAGUUCUACAUUUGCAGUGGGAGGAAUGUGAUGUCGUAGCAUUUUUGGCCAGCGUAACAAAUGCACAAAUGGGAUGUUCCAACAUUACAGUCAAACCAUUUAAACCCACUGAAGACAGAAAGACUCCCCUCUACUAAAUUGGCCAUUCUGUACACUUUAGAUUGUAGCUUGGUUCAUAUAUGCUGGUAGCCAAGAUGUAAAUAUAUUUACACCAUUAUUCAGCCUCGUGGCUUGUAUUGCUAGCUAAAAAUGCACUUUUUAUUCAAAUAAAAAUGUACUGACAAAAAUA